AUGAUUAUACGUAUUAUUAAUAGUUUAUUAGAAGUUUUAACUCGACCAUAUAUUUAUAUACAAAAAUAUAUUCUUGUUGCAUUUCAAUCACAUUUACCAAUACAUUUUGAUGAAAAAUCAUGGUAUAUUUUAUUUGGUUUUAUGACUUUUUUGGCAUUUAUUGUUGCUUAUAUACUUAGUCGAUAUAUAACAUUACAAGAUGCCGAUGAUGAUCCUGUUUAUCAACGUGCACAAUUUUUUUCCAUGCAAAGAAAACAUCGAAAAGUGACUUGA